AUGGACCUGCGCAACAUCCGCCGCACCUGCCUGGAGAUGCUGCGGGACCGUGGGUACCAGAUCGACAAGGAGGAUGUGGAGAUGAGCGGGAGAAAGUUUGUGGAGAAGUUUGCCACAGAGCCCGACCCCGAGAACGUGCGGCGCGACGCCAUCACCAUCCUCGCAUCCAAGGCGGAUGACCCCACACACCAAGCCUUCGUCUUCUUUUUCGAGGACCCGAAGCUGGGGGUGAAGGCCAUCAAAGCGGUGGCGGUACGCAUGCGGGACGAAAGGGUGCCGCGCUCCAUCCUCGUGUUGCAGGACAAGCUAACGCCGUUUGCCAAGCAGUGCAUCCAGGAGAUGUCGGCCAAGUUUGCCAUUGAGGUGUUUGCCGAGGGUGAGCUGCGUGUGAACAUCACCCGGCACAGCAUGGUGCCGCAGCACCAGGUGCUGAGCCGGCUGGACAAGGCGGCGCUGCUGGAGCGGUACAAGGUCAAGGACACCCAGCUGCCGCGCAUCCAGCACCAGGACCCGGUGGCCCGGUACCUGGGCCUGGAGCGCGGCCAGGUGGUGCGCAUCGUGCGCGGGUCGGAGACCGCGGGGCGCUACGUCACCUACCGCCUCUGUGUGUGA